GGCCUAUUAGAUCUGCCCGGGAGCACAACCGGCUCCUACUCGCGCAACCUCAACCACUUGUGGCUCAUGGGCGCCAUCGUCGGCAUCUGGCACGGGCCGAUGACGGAGCCACACGGAGCCGCGCGCCAGUGGCUCACGGCGGGCCUCGAGGAGAACGCGACCCACCUGCUGGUGGACGUCGACAACGCCGAGCGGCUCGUCGCGGCCGUCAAGGCCGACAAGAAGUGGCGGACGGCCCUCGUGCAGAACGCGCGAGGCGUGGCGGAACUGUUCGUGUGUCCGCGUUGCCUGCGGCAGCACUACGUGUCCGUGAUCGUCGCGCUGCGCGAGCGCUUCUACGAGUUGGACAGGACGAUGAACUCCCACCUGCGGGACGCCGGGACGCCCGCCCAGCGCGCGGCGGAGGCGGCGUUACAAGCAUUUACGAAGGAACGGGAGGCGGAGAACGCCUAUCGCCAUUUCCAAAAUAAGUACAAAAAACGGAAGGACAAAGGUUGGCGGAACAUGGGAAAAAUGCGGGAGGAGAAGCACGACCUCAAGGAGGCGCUCUCGGCCGAGCAGACGCGCGACGCCGAGCGCAAGGCCGAAUUGCUCAAGGUCCUCGAGGCCGAGAAGGCACAAGCACCGCCGUCCUUCGCGGAGCUCCUGCGCCUCGAAAACUGCGAGGCGCGCAUGACCUCGCUCGUCGAGAUCACGAAGCCACGGACGCGCGGCGGCGGGCGCCACUGCAUCCACGGCGGGAGAAAAGAAUGCCCCGACGUCGGCUUCCAGCGGCGCGGCGCGGGCAAGGAGGCGUGCGCGCUGCUCGCGAAGCUCGUCACGUAGUUGUUUUCCCCGGCAAGCGAGGCGACCCAUUUACUCUACCACCGGCACGUCUCCA